AAGUUGAACCAGAGGCUAGAGUACGAAGGUUUUGGAGCAGAGGGACUUUAGAGCUGUGAUUUGAGUCGGCGGAACGUUCGCAAAGUGUUUUCAAAAGGCUAGCUAAGGAGAAAACCUGUGCGAUGGUAGGCUUUGCAACAGGUUUAGCUCAAUUAGUUGCAACGGUUCAUAAUAUCAAAGUUGAUUCCUUACUUAAACUUAUAGUGAGUUUGCAUAAUGUGACGCCAUUCAUGAACGAUAAGGAGGUACACGGUCGUCUAUUGGGCCGCUUGAUGGCCUACAAAGCUUUGACGCUAUCAGGAAGAUUUAGUAUGGAGUAUCAUAAAGAUAACCAUACUUCCUCCAUAAAAGAAUUCAUAUCUGCAGUGAUAUGCAUUGCAUACCGAUACCAGAAUUUGCAGUUGCCUGCCGUUUAUGUAAUUUUAACUUUAGUAAAGAAGCUGCCCCUGGAGGCCGUCACUAGACAUAUCAUAGGAGCUCCUGAGCUACAGGAAUGGUUUGACGUUGCAAGAGAAGUAUUCAAUUAUUUUAGUGAUGAUGACACAUGUAACCUCAUCCAAGUAUUGUCUCUUAUUAAGAGACAUCUAGAUACAACUGAAGAUGAGGAUGAUGAUACUGAGAGUGAUAGCCAAACAGCAUUUGAGAGUGAUAAUAGCCAGAGUGCAGAUGAUGAAGACAAGGAUGAUAAUGGCCAGGCAAGUGACUAUAUGGAGGAAGAUGAUUUGGGGAUUGCCCAGAUAUUGGAAGAAAACAACAAAAAUCAUGCUUAUUCCCAGCUUCUGGACAAACUUAAAAUCCUUACUCUAUUGAGAAUUUCCACUCACAAGGAUCCAGGCAAGAAUAAUUUAUCAUUUUUAACGUUUCCUUCUUUUAUUCUUUUAGUGUCUUUUAUUUUUUUAAUAUAUUGCUCAUAGUAUUGUGUUUUGCUUAUGCAGAUACGUC